AUGUCUCUUACCACACCACUUGCUUCUAUUCCCCGCCAACGCAUUGUGGAUGUGGAUUGGACAUUAGACGUUCUUAUCGCCUCUGGAGAACUCCCUCGUGUGGGUGUUCCUAUUAUUUGUCUGUCCAUCACAGUUAGUAAUGAUGAGAGUAAUAAUAGUGAUAGUAAUAGUAAUAGUGAUAAUAAUAAUAAUAACAAUACCGUAUUGCAGUAUCGAUUAACAGUCCAUGAGUUUCAUCAGUGGCGAUUUACAAUGGCAAAGGUGGUGCGGGAUUUACUCUACUUGGAGAAGAAGGAUGCACUUGCGAGACAUAUAAGAGCAACAGAAAUAUUAGAAAAGUCUUCAGUAUCUUAA